AUCGGAGCUCUGGAGAUCUUUGUUGGGAGCGUUGUCGUCGCAGAAGAAAUAGCGCAGGCCCCUGGCUUCAAGGUGCUUCCCGCUCCUCCCAGAAAGCAAAGAGAAGAGGGAAAAGAGAGAGAGGGAAGAGAGAGAGAGGGUAGUAUACAGAGAGAGGAGAGAGAGAGGGUAGUAUACAGAGAGAGAAGAGAGAGAGGUUAGUAUACAGAGAGAGAGAGGGUGUUAUACGUGACAAUGGCGUGCGAUGGUGCGGCAGCUUUGUGUUCGGAGAGCAGCAGCAGCAGAGGGGAUGAAGAGGUGACUCUGGCCGUCAAAUGGAGCGGCCGCGACUACACAGUCAGAGUCUGUGCCGACGACUCGGUGGGCGAAUUGAAGCGGCUCAUAUGCGAGGUUACGAACGUCCUUCCCAAGCGCCAGAAACUCCUCUAUCCAAAGGCGCCUCCAUCAAAGCUCUCUUCCGAUUCCACUCUCCUCUCCGACCUCCAACUCAAGUCCUCUUUCAAGAUGACCAUGAUCGGCACUGUGGAAGAUGAUAUUAUUGUUGACCCAGUGGAUGCUCCAGAGAUUGUUGAUGAUUUUGAGCUUGGGCAAGAUGAUGUUACUGAUAUCAAGGAUAAAGUGGUUAACAUACAAAAAUUGAAUCGGCGUAUCAAUCAAUACAAGGUCGAACUCCUUAAUCCAUGUCGGAGUGGAAAGAAACUGCUUGUUUUGGACAUUGACUAUACCCUCUUUGAUCACCGUUCAACAGCUGAGAACCCCAUAGAGCUUAUGCGGCCAUAUCUUCAUGAGUUCUUAUCUGCUGCUUAUGCUGAGUAUGAUAUAAUCAUAUGGUCUGCAACCAGUAUGAAGUGGGUCGAACUGAAGAUGGGACAGCUUGGGGUUCUCAACAAUCCGAAUUACAAAAUCACAGCUCUUCUUGAUCACUUGGCUAUGAUUACUGUACAGUCGGAUUCUCGUGGCAUCUUUGACUGCAAACCCCUUGGUCUAAUCUGGGCUCAUUUUCCUGAGUAUUACAAUUCCAAAAAUACCAUCAUGUUUGAUGACCUUAAGAGGAACUUUGUGAUGAAUCCACAGAAUGGUCUAGUUAUAAGGCCAUUUAGAAAGGCCCACAUUAACCGUGGUACGGAUCGAGAACUAGUGAAGCUUACACAUUAUUUACUAGCCAUAGCUGAGUUGGAGGACUUGAGCAAACUAGACCAUCGCAAAUGGGAGGCCUUUACAGAGAGGAACAUUUGACACUCAGAGUGGGGAGCCCUUGAGAUCUGAAUGAAAGACUCAAGCAUGAUGGUCUUCAAAGGUUGGAUCAGUAGUUCAAAUCCUUGGAUGUACCAUAUCCAAGACCGCAUUGAAUAUGUGCUGCUUUAUUCAGGGAUGUAUAGCAAUUUCACCAUCAUUGCUACUGGUGCAGCUCUAGGAUUUUCAUGUCAUCUGCUAUUAUGUACUAAAAUAUGAAGAAUUUUUUAAAAUAUGUAAUUGGUCUUUGGGUUAUCUGUUCA